AGGGACUGGACUAGAUGACUUCUCGAGGUCCCUUCCAGUUCUAUGAUUCAGUGCCUUUUGGUUGUACUAUCUAAGAGCCUGACUGGGCCCCUCCUGCCCACAUUCACUGAGUAGUACCUUACUGCAGGAAUAUUUCCUUGCAAUGUUGCCAGCCAUGAAGGUUCAAAAAUCAUGAGUUAGACCCCCGCAAAAAUCAUUAGAUUGGCUCAAAAAUAAAUCUUUUGGGGGCUUUUGAUUUGCCUUCUAGUCUUGGAGCCCUUAGGGGAGUCAUGUUUUCAAGCUUUUCUUUGCAAUCAAGAGAGACAGCUUACUUUUUUUAAAACAUGCAAGCUGAGAUUCUCACCUCAUCACAGGACUCCAGGAGCUGAGGCUUGCAGAAAAACACAAGACUCGUCAUAAAAUCGCACGAGUUGGCAACACUGCACUGGACUCCUGGCAAUGCUGAGCAUUAUGCUCUGUAGUGUUUGCAGGAUUGGGCCCUGCUGUUGUUAUUAUGGGCUGGCCUGCAAACUGCACUGCCCCAGAAAUAGCUUCAGAGACACCCCAGUUAGGCACAAAUCCCCUAGUGCUCGCCUCUUGCACUGGGGCAGGGAGCUAAACCGUCUGCUACAACUUCUCCAGCCCCCAGCUCCAGCCAGCUCUGUGAAUGGGCCUGGGGAGGUAUUGUUCUGCCCCUGUAUGCACAGCUGCCUAUUUUUGGAGGGAGGCAGUGCACACAGUCCUUGCUUCCUCCCCCUCUCCCCGAGCUCCCUACCAGCAAACCUGGAGCUACAAUCCAAGCAGGUCUUACCCAGCCAUGCUCCCCUACUCCCCUGCCUGGCUACAUAAGAACCAGCCAAAAACCUAGCGCUAUAACCAUUUAAAAAAACACGUGUUCAAUCUUUGUACCCAGCAGCUUUGCCUAUGCUCUGUGACUGCCUGCUGCGUGCCUUUGCCAUCCUCCCUCUGCUCCCGUUCUCCAGUAGCUUAAUGAGGCUACAGAAAAAAUCUUUGCACUGGGUAGGCCCUGGAUAAAUAUAGUGCGUCAUUCUCCAGGGCUGUCGAGCCGUCAUCGUUUCCCAGCACGACAUUAAAACAUGGAACAGGCUGAAAAUUGUUGCUCUGGAGAUGAGACGUCUUAUGCCAAGACUAAUCCUGGGCUGAGUGUUUACCCUUGGUGGGUAGUUGUUAUUCCCCCUCUAGACACCUUGGCUGCAAUGCAGUCCCCGGAAACAACCGCGGCUGCAAUGCAGUGCUCUGUUACCACUGUAAUCAGGAGAGGCAGGUCUGAGCACAAGAGAACAGCCAGAAGGGAAGGGCUGAUAGAAAAGCUGGUUUAGUUCCUACUUGGGGAUCUGCAGAACACUCAGGAGACAUGACUUGCUGGAAAGUGGUGAAAUCUGUUCUCAUACUCUGCCUAAUCCUCAUUCCCAUAUUUGUCUGGAUGACAGUCUGGAAUGGGCCAGUCCACUACCUUCCAUACUACCUUCCUUGUCCAGAAAUCUUCUCCAUGAAACUACAAUAUGCAGAAGAGAAGCCCGCCCAGCUUUUCCCCGAGCUAUCUUAUCCUCAGCCCAGAUCACUGGAUCAGAAGCGCCUGGAUGUGCUGACUCUCACGCCUUGGCUGGCCCCCAUUGUUUGGGAAGGAACUUUCAAUUCCGAACUCCUGGACAGUGCCUACAAGCCAUUGAACCUCACCAUAGGGGUGACAGCCUUUGCCAUUGGCAAGUACACCAUGUUUGUGGGCCGCUUCGUGGAGUCGGCGGAGAAGCUUUUCAUGAAGGGCUAUCGGGUGAACUACUACAUCUUCACCAAUGACCCCCAGGUGAUCCCCAGAGUCCAGCUGCAGCCCGGCCGGAGUCUCCGCAUCGUCCCCAUCAAAAAAUACUCUCACUGGCAGGAGAUUUCCAUGCGCAGGAUGGAGGCGAUAAACAGGCACAUCGCAGAGGUGAGCCACCGGGAGGUGAACUACCUCUUCUGCCUGGACAUCGACAUGGUGUUUCACAACCCAUGGGGGGUGGAGACUCUGGGCGAGAUGGUAGCGGCCAUACACCCUGGGUACUACAACGUCCCUCGCAGCCAGUUCCCUUAUGAGAGGAGGAGCUCUUCCGCUGCCUUCAUCCCUGACAGCCAGGGGGACUUCUACUAUGCAGGGGCCGUCUUCGGCGGGCUGCUCAAGCAGGUGUACGAGUUCACCAGGGCCUGCCACAUGACCAUCCUGGCAGACAAAGCCAAUGGGAUCAUGGCGGCCUGGCAGGAGGAGAGCCACCUCAACAAGCGCUUCUUUUCCCACAAGCCCUCAAAGCUUCUCUCCCCGGAGUACGUGUGGGAUGACACCAAGCCCAAGCUGCCUGAGGUGCGCCUGAUACGCUUCUCCACAGUGAAUAAGGACUACAAGGAGAUACGGGACUGAUGUCAGGCCCUCUUGGAGGUGUCUAGCCCUCUCUUUUUUUUUUUUUUUUUUUAAACCAUGCAAUCAGGCCCUUGACCUGCUGCCAGUGCGGGAUGUGUCCCAGUCAGUGUUUUGGAUUGUGGAGCUGGCACUGGGAAGGGCAGGUGGUUCUUUCAGCUCAGGGAUGGUGUAAGGUACUUGUUGAGAAUGGUGUGAUGAUGCCAUAGUGAUGGUGACUCCUUGAUCUACUUGAUCCCUCUUCCCUUUAAAUCUGGGGGCUGCCAUUGCCUAGAGGGUGGCCUUUUGCCAAGCGAUACCAAAGUUUAGAAUCCCCUGUGUGCUGGUUUAAAAGAAAAACACCCAAAUUGUAGUUUGGUCUGAGACUGGGCAAUAAAACAACCAUCACCCCUGUCAAACCUCAGCCCUGAAUGGAAAGGGGCAGUUAACUUUCAUGCUCCAGAAGUGUCUAAUACCUUAAGCAAGGCUCAAUUUGUAAUUAGCCUGGGGAACUCAUUGCCACAAGGUAUUGUUGAGACCAGGAAUUUAGCAGGAUUCAAAAAAAGAUUGCACAUUAAUCUGGAUAAGGAGAAUAGCCACAAUUAUGGUAAAAAAUUAAAAGAAUAAACAAGGAGGGAAUAUUAAACCCUCAUAGUGCAGGGCAUAAACCAACCUCCAAUGAUUGGGGUCCUGAGGAAGAUUUUCCUGGGAGCAGGUUUUUCUCUAGUUGCCCCCCGCAGGGUUUAUUGCACCUUCCUCUGAAGCAGCUGGUUCCAGCCACUGUCAGAGACAGGAUACUCAACUAGCCAGAAAAAUGAUCUUAUCCUCUCUGGCGUUUCCUAUGUUCCUCAUAUCCAGCCCAGUUUUGCGGACCUAAGAGAUCUGAACAGAUCAGAUACAGGUCAGGCCAGCAUCUGAAUGUCUGCAUGCAUAUCUCAACCAAAGCCAACCUCUGAACCUUUUAAAUGGUUCACAUGUCUCUGUGGAUCACUCAGUCUUCUCUGAUAAAGAAAAUUUGUCACUGAUGUGUCCAGGCAGAUCCCACUAUUCAGUCCAUUCCGGUGUUCCUAAGCACUGUGAAACAAAUUGGCUAGAAGCUGCCGGGUUGCUGGAAGUAAACAGUAACACCUAA